GUCUCGCGUCGCGCCCACGGGCCUCGUCUGAGGAGAACCACGUGACCCGUGGACACGGCACAGACACGGCGCGCGUCCAGGCUCUGCUCGGGCUGCGGGAGGAGCGUCUGCGAAGAACCAGAGACGACCACAAGCUCUAAACGACCACACACAACACAACAGACAUGGCGGAGCAGCUGCAGAAGGUGGUGGCCGAUAAGAAGGACAUGGUGGAGAACAUCAUGGAGGUGUUUGAGCAGGGGGCCGAGCUGGUGGCCAGCAUCGCCGGAGACAUCUUCCCCGUGUUCUCCAUCGCCGCGCCCAUCGUCAAACUGGCCCUGGACAACGUGGAGAGCAAAGAGGCCACCUACAUGAAGGAGCAGUUCCAGAAGGUCCGCGAGCGUCUGGAGGUGGUGUCCGAGCAGGUCAAGCGCAUCAACGACGAGGUCAAGAGGAGCGGGGUGGACGCCGCCUACUUCUCUGUGGAGGAGAACAUCACCAACCAGUUCAGGAAGUACAUGGACAUCCUCAACGCCAAGCCCAAGUUCAAGGAGGCCAAGAAGAAGCAGUUCCUGGAUCACUUCUCCAAAACCGGAGGAGAUAAGAACCUGCACACGCUGUACAACGCCGUGACUGGAGACAACUUCUCAGGAGAGUCUGUGCUGGAGAUCGUCAUGAACUACGAGGAGAAGAACCGCAGGGUCAUGGAGGUCUUCUGUGCACGCAUGAAGAAGCUCUUCUGUGUAGGUCUGAUCGCUCUCGUGGGCCACGCGGCGCUCAAAGACUAUGGAGAGGAGGAGAAGAUCCUGCAGGAGUGGAGCGAGAAGAUGAAGAACGUGCAGAAGAGGAUGGACGCGCUGAUCCAGGACUGCAUCGACAGCUUCCCCAAACUGGCCGAGCAGGACUCUCGGAGGCUGGUGCGCGACCAGCCGGGCCUGACCUGCCAGGAGCUCGCCCAGGCCAUCCUGGACAAGCUCAAGGAGAGGUACGACUGGGUGUCCUGGUCCGUCAGGGUCUUCCGCUCCCCCAAAGGUCUUCUGGCCAAUAAGAAGAACUUCCACUGCCCCACAGGGAAGAGCCGCUUCCAGGUGCCGAGCUCCGACGACGGCCUGAACGUGGUGGUGUCCUACAGCUCGUCCCCGGAGCCCGUGGACAGAGGACGAGUCUCUCAGAUCAUCGAGAGCCAGAAGAAGAUCUCCGUGAAGUCCACGGCAGAGCUGCUCUUCGAGGAUCUGCCCGGAGACUGUGUGGUCCACACCAUCAAGACCAAAGAUCUGGCCUGUGCCUUCAGCUUCAGCCCUGAGCUGCACUACUGGGAGGAGCACGAGAAGAUGUUUGUGUGUGUGCACUCUGCCUGAGGACGGAGGAGGAGGAGUGUGUGUGUGUGUGUAUAAACAUCAUUUUUGUAAAUAAACUGAAUAUUUGAUCUUUCACUCCAAACACACACACACACACACACACACACACACACACACACACACACACACACACACACACAAACACACACACACACACACACAAACACAAACACAAACACACACACACACACACACACACACACACACAACACACAAACACACACACACACAAUCAGAGCUGCAGAGUUUAUCAGUGUCUCUAAAACAUCAUCUAUAAAAUCAUCUAUAAAACUAUAAAAUCAUCUUUAAAAUCAUCUAUAAAAUCAUCUGUAAAUCCUCCACAUGAACAUGGAGGAGACGAGGCUCUGAUCAAACGUCUCUGUUUCUGUUGUGUAACGUCGUGUUGAAGCUUCUCGUUCUUCUGGAUCUUCUGUCUGAUUCGCUGCUCUGCACUUUUAGCUCGAAUGUUUUAAGGAAAUCACCACUUUAUAUAUUUUAUAAACCGGAAGUGUGUCAUAAUUAUAUAUAAAACUCUAAUUUUUUAUUAUUAUUUUUUUUUUUGUAGAUUUUUCUUGUAUCUGUCACGUUGUGUCUCUUUUCUUUUCCAGAUUUGCUUCAUAAACUCUGGACAUUCCUUUUAUCCCUGAGCUGUUGUGUUUAUGUUUUUACUUUAUGUGGAUGUGAUCUGAAUGUGAAUAAAGCUCCACUGCGGGA